AUGGCGUCGACGACGCCCAAAGCAGCUCAUCUGCCGAUCGGCCGUAUCAACACGAUCAUGAAGAGCUCGUCUGACGUGGAGAACGUAGGCAAGGACUCCGUGAUCCUGAUGAGCAAGGCUGCCGAGCUCUUCAUCAGGAAGCUGGUCGUGGACAGUUUCAACUGCAUGAGGCAGGACGACCCUUCCGGUAAGACCCUCAAGUAUCAGAACCUCGCCACCGUGGUGCAGAACUCCAACAAGUACCACUUCCUGAAGGACAUGACGCCGAUGAAGAUCACGGUGAGGGAGUACAAGAGGAUAAUGGCAAGGAAGAACGGAAAGUGCGAUGAUGAAGAGGAGGAGGAAGACGAAGAGACUGUGGAGGUUUCUAGCGAUAGCGGAAGCGACGAAGAAGGCAGUGUGAUGAGCAGCAGGAGUAGCAGGAGCGUCAUAAGCGUGCCGAGUGAUUAA